CUGAGGGACGCUACAUACAUUUUUUCAGCUAAAUACGGAUCAAUCCGACUCCUACUAGGAAAACAUCAACAAGUCAUUGCUGCGCUUGGCGGAGGAACACGAGGACCAGCAGCAUCCGCUACAGGAAACAUUAACUUCAGCGGCAAGGGUGCUGGGAAGGUCAGUUUCACACAAGGUUUACAAGAAUUCUACUUACACUCCUCUUGGAGGAAAGAUGACAAGAAUCUGAAUGUAGACAUAUGCCAUGCAAGCUCACCCAUUGAUGAGAAGGAACCCUGGUGGUGGUACACAUGAUUAAUACAAAUGGUGGAAAGAUUAUUAGCUUGUGUUGAACUUUUUUUCAUUGUGAAGGGAGUUCUUGGAGAGCCAUCUAUCAGAAUUCUACCUCACAGAUCCUGCAUUGAUACAUUUUAGAAAAGCAAGAUAUUCUUAACAAGUAACAUUUACAAGAUGAGCUUUGGGCAGAUGCAUGGUGGACUGGAGUCAGUGCGUGUGGUACUUCCAGGAGAUGAAGUGAUGAGCUAUAACCCAGACACAAGUGAGGGGAGUAUCUACCUUGGUCCAGGGCUUCGCUGGGAGGAUGGAAUGGUGCGUGCUGCCAAGGCUGGCCUCCUUAAGAAAACACCACGUCAACUAUACUUUGUUGACACCCACCAGAAGCGAUACAUUCCUCAGAGGAGGGAAUAUGUCAUUGGCAUUGUCACCAAGAAGAAGGGUGACAUAUACAAAGUUGACAUCGGAGGCAGUGAACAAGCAACCAUAUCCUUCCUCUCCUUCGAGAAUGCUUCCAAGAAGACCCGGAGAGAUCUUGCUCUUGGUGACCUGAUCUAUGGUCAACUUAUUGUCGCAAACAAGCACAUGGAACCAGAAAUGGUCUGUAUUGAUGCUUAUGACCGGGCUAUGGGCAUGGGUGUGCUGCCUGCUGGUGGUGUCAUGUUCAGUGUGUCGCUGCAGGUGGCUCGCGAAAUUAUCAACCCUGAAAGCCCCUUCCUGCUAACUUUGUCCAAGAAGGUGAAGUACACGGUGGUGGUGGGGAUGAAUGGACGUGUGUGGGUGAAGGCAACACGCCAAAACAACAUGGUAGCCCUCAUGAACUGCAUUCUCAUGUUGGAAUAUAUGACACCUGAAGAGGCCAAUGACAAGGCCCUCAAGGUACUAGAAGCCCUCAUGCUGUGAAAAAAAUAUGUAUCAAUGAAAAAAAAAAAAAAAAAAGUUUACUGCCAACUACAUACACUAAAAAUAUAUGAGUAAAGUUUUCCAAGUGUUCUAUUCAAUUGUAAUUUCAUUCUCAGAUAAUCAAAAUUGUUCCACUGACAGAACUCUUACCUUUCUCUCUCUCUCUCUCUCUCUCUCUCUCUCUCUCUCUCUCUCUCUCUCUCUCUCUCUCUCUCUCUCUCUCUCUCUCUCUCUCUCUCUCUCUCUCUCUCUCUCUCUCUCUCUCUCUCUCUCUCUCUCUCUCUCUCUCUCUCUCUCAGAUGGCAGUUUCCUGCAGUUAGAAGUCUCUGAUCCACUGACAGUGGUGUCCUUGCAAAACCUGACAAUGGAUAGAUUCUUAGCAGAUCAGAGGAUAGGAAAACACAAAACAUAUGGGAGGUGCAUGCAGAAGGCAAUUCAACUUCUGAUUUUGACUGUGACUGUCAAAGGACAGGAAAGGUAUACUGUGAGUGAAAGAAAAGCCAGGACAAGAGAAAUAGUGGCAUAAACAUUUUUGUAGCAAGUGAUACAUGCACUGCUACAAUGAUCAUGGUAGGCAGUUGUGGUUUUAAAAGUGGGCUGAUAAAGUGAUGACUUGGGAUUUAUAGUUAGAUAGUUGAACACCAUGGAAUGUCACCACCUCAGCUACGGCAAAGAAAAAGUUUUGUUAGGACAGGACAUGGAGAUACAUCAGAAGGGGUAGGAAUCGAAGUUAGGAAGGUGAACAGAGAGAAAGAGAGAGAGAGAGAGAAACUGGAAAUGAGGGAGGCUCAGAAGACCUGGAGCUGCGAGGUGACAGUAACAUGGGAUUAAAGUGAAACUUGGAGGUGAAGGAGAGAAAAUUACACUAACACGAUUUUUUGUCUUUGCAAGCAAGUGUUAUUUUUCAACUCUCUUCAUUGCAAAACAAUAGAAAAUGUCCAUUAUUUCUGUCAAACUUUGCUUUUGUGGCUUUUAGAAUAAUUUUUUUGCCCCAAAAAUAGCUAAAUUUCACCAUUUUUGGAAAGAAAAAAUCAAAUGACAAAUUUAUUUUAAAACUUGACAUUAAUUUUUAGGAUUAAAAAUGAACAGUUUUUUUGAUUUGUGUGAAUACAACAAAUAACUUCCAUGUAUGAGCCCCCAAAUGUAGUCUCCCAUCAUGUUUUCAUUGAAGGAUCUCUGUUCAAAGUUCAUUAUAUCUUGGUGGAAGGGCUCCCCUUGUUCCUUUGAAUAUGCUCCCAUAUUCUCUAAGUUGUCAAGGUGAGCUUCAAGGACAUUCUGCAGCCCAUCUCACCAUAGGUUUUCACUAAAGCUUCAAUCAGUUCCAUAUAGUUAUCAACCUUGUUGUUGCCAAGAAAGCCCUGUACUACAACAAUGAAUCACUCCCAAACUUUUUUCUUCUUCCUUUUCUGUGAGCUUCUGUAGAAAUUCUGAGCACUCCAUCAUUUUCCUUACUUGUGGCCCAAUGACCAGCUUUCACCUUUACCUCUGAAAGCUUAGGAAAAGUCUUGAAGGUAUUUGAAGGCGGCAGACUCCUUGUCAAGGGGUGUAACAAAUGUUUCAUGAGACCCAGUUUGAUGUGUAGUGGAGGGAAAACCUUUUGAUUCACCAAUGGCUCAUGUUCGAUAUUGUGUGCUCCCACAGUAGUAUCAGUCCUUGGAGGCCAGUGCUUUCUGUGGUAAUGUGCUGCUCUGUCUCUAUUGUCCCAAAGGCAAAGAAAAUGAUAAUUCUUGGUAAAACCUCCUUGCAGUCCCAUCAAGAAAGCCACCAUCUUGAAGUUUCCAAUAACUUAUCAGUCUUAUUGUAGUUCAAAGUUUUCAGUAGAAACUACACUGCUGUAGUCCUCCUUAAGAUGCACGGAAUGAGCAAGAGGCAGAGGUGGAUACUUGUUUCCAUUGUGCAGAAGUACAGCUUUCAGGCUUUUGGAGGAGUUAUCAAUGAAGAGUCUCUAUUCAUCUGCAUUGCAAGGAAUUCUAAUAGCAUCAAACAAGCCUGAUACAUCAUUGCAGUAGCAUAGCCUGUCCUCCUUUGCAAAGAAGCUGGAGAAACGUUUUUGUAAUGUUUUCUUUGGCUGGUCACUUGCACACUCAUCAAGUAAAUCCCAUUCCUUCAGCCUUGAAAUCAAAAGCUCACCAUUUGACUUUGUCAAACCAAGAUCUCUGAUGAGGUCAUUAAGGUCUCUUUGGUUUGGGUAGCAAGGAUUCCUCCCAGUUACAACUGUAUCUGUGAUGUCACAGUCUUCCUUUCUGUUUAGCUCAUCUUCUGACUUGCUGCUUUCUUCUGAUAGUGGACUUCUUGAGGAGCUGGUACAGGAAGAUCAGCACUGUGGUACUGGUGCAAUGGAAGAUGAAAUGUCUGGAUAGAAAACAGCAGGUGCAUUUUUUCCAGAUUGGCAUUUGGAAGGAUCCACCAUGCAGAAAAAGUCAGUUGAGUGAUCAGUAGGUUCACACCAUAUUCUAGGAAUAGCAAAUUUCAUGGCUGUGUUUUCCCCUCUAUACCACCCUGUAAAAGAACAACAAUAUGAGUUUGUUAAACUUAUUUUAUUUUUAUUCUUAAUUCUUAAUUGGAUUUUACUCUUGAAAAACUAACAACUACUUUACCUUCUAGUGUUCUCUUACAAUGUUCACAAGCAAAAUGAGGUGCCCAGGUCUUGUCUUGGUCCCCAACUGGCACAGCAAAAUAUACUUUGUAAGCACACAUUUUCCAGAUGCUGUCACAGAGAACUUCUUUGCUCAUGUCUUGGUGAAUUGACCACAUAUGUAGCAGAAAUGCAUCUGGAGAAUGAUUGCAGCCUCUUGAUGCCAUUUCACCUCUUUGUAAUGUGUCUUCUCAGGCAGCCAAAGCAGAACUGAUUGGUGGUCUGUAAGCCCCUACUUUUAUAUUGUCAAACACUACUCUAGAAUAUUCUUAGUCUUUCUAGAAUGUGUUCCAGAAUGUUCUCAAUCUUUCUAGAAUAUUCUUGAACCUAUUUUACAAUAUUCUGAAUAAUUCUAGAAAAAUGUAUUCUAGAAAAUUUUUGAUACUUCUACAUAUUUUCUACUGUAUUCUAGAAAGUUCUAGAAUAUUCUAGAAAUGUUUACAUUGAAUAGAAUGUUCUAAAAUAUUUUAGAAACUUCUGAAAUGUAAGCAGAUUCUACUAAAUAUGAAAAAUUUCUUUCUAGAUCUGGUCAGUUCAAGAAUGAUCUUAUUUAAAAAUCUUUAGAACACUU